UGCUGGGCAGAGGAGAGAGGAGAGAGGAGUAAAUGCACUGCGGAGGGAGAGUAGGAGGAGGAGGGCCUACAGCUAUUGUUCAUGUCCUCCCGUGAACAAAGGGCUGAUCGGGGUCCGUAUGUAAACCCACAGCAGGCUUCAGCCCACUGACAAGGCCUCAUGCGGGACAAAACAUAACCGACUGACUCCCGUGAUUUCAGGCCCGGGUCCGUCUCAGACUCUUGUGUUUGAGUGAUUUUUUUUAUUGAUCAUAUUCAGUGGGACGUAUUGUGUCGGUACGUUUUUUGCGUCCGUCCAGCGGGCCUAUCCGUUCUUACGCACGGAGCGUACACACGGUCUAUCAUCACGGAUCUGUAAACAUCAAUUUUCUGAUUGGACUUCUUUGCAGGCUGUUCCUCCAAGUCAUUCAAGCUGUACUCCCCUAAGGAGCCCCCCAACGGUAGCACUUUCCCCCCUUUCCACCCCGGCACCAUGCUGGACAGAGACGUGGGUCCCACCCCAAUGUAUCCUCCCACAUACCUGGAGCCAGGAAUAGGGAGGCACACACCAUAUGGCAACCAGACAGACUACAGAAUAUUUGAACUUAACAAACGGCUACAGAACUGGACAGAGGAGUGUGAUAACUUGUGGUGGGAUGCAUUUACUACGGAAUUCUUCGAAGAUGAUGCCAUGUUGACCAUUACUUUUUGUCUGGAGGAUGGACCCAAACGUUACACAAUUGGCCGGACAUUGAUUCCACGGUACUUCCGAAGUAUAUUUGAGGGCGGUGCCACUGAACUCUACUAUGUGCUGAAACAUCCGAAGGAGUCCUUCCACAAUAACUUUGUCUCCCUCGACUGUGAUCAGUGCACCAUGGUCACCCAGAAUGGAAAGCCCAUGUUCACACAGGUAUGUGUGGAGGGGCGCUUGUACCUGGAGUUCAUGUUUGACGACAUGAUGAGGAUAAAGACAUGGCACUUCAGUAUCAGACAACAUCGUGAACUCAUCCCCCGAAGUAUACUGGCCAUGCAUGCCCAGGACCCACAGAUGCUGGACCAGUUGUCCAAAAAUAUAACAAGAUGUGGCCUGUCAAACUCCACCCUUAACUACCUCCGACUGUGUGUGAUUCUUGAGCCCAUGCAGGAGCUGAUGUCCAGACACAAGACAUACAGCCUCAGCCCCAGAGACUGCCUCAAGACCUGCCUCUUCCAGAAGUGGCAGAGGAUGGUGGCACCACCAGCCGAGCCAUCAAGACAGGCGCCUAAAAACCGGCGGAAGCGUAAGAUGUCAGGUGGCAGCACCAUCAGCACAGGAGGAGGAACUAACAACAACAACAACAACAAAAAGAAGAGCCCGGGCAGUGGCUUCCCUCUGUCUAGCCAAGUCCCAGACGUGAUGGUGGUGGGAGAGCCCACUCUGAUGGGAGGAGAGUUCGGUGACGAGGAUGAGCGCCUGAUCACGCGGCUUGAGAACACACAGUUUGACGCGGCCAACGGCAUCGACGACGAGGACAGCUUCAACAACUCGCCAGCGCUGGGCUCCAACUCGCCCUGGAACAACAAGGCCCCGCCCAGCCAGGAGAGCAAGAACGACAACCCCACCUCACAGGCGUCGCAGUAGAGCCCUAGAGCCCCGCAAACCACUACAUGAGCCCUUGUCUGUCACUCCUCAGCCGUCCCGUCCCACUUCACACCAAACAGCCGCCAGUGCAACAACAGCAACAGUCCCAUCAUCUACUCACCUACUGAGACAUCCAUGUAGAGCUCAGAUUCAUCACACACGUAGCCCGGAGGCUUUGAGAGAGAGCUCAGUCUUUCAUCCUCUGUGCCCGAGGAAGUUUUACAAGGUUUUUAAUAUUCAGGCACUGUCCCACUUCCCUCACCUCCAUAUACAAAAUGUCUCAUCUGCUCUUACUAUUUUUUUAGUUUGGACAAUGUAGUAGCUGUAGUAGAGGAGAACUGUGCACACUGAACCAUCCACACUGAAGUUUUAUAUGCAGGAAGGGGCUGGGUGCAGGAGAAUAGUGGCAGUGGGGCUUUGAGAUGGUGGAGAGUUGCUUUGGGAUAACUUGUUCCGCCCAUCCUCUUAACACAGCUCUCAGUUCUGGUCUGCUCUGUCGAUGCUUAUGUCACUGAUAACGUUUGUUAAUAGAGUGUGUGUGUGUGUGUGUGUGAAUGUGUGUGUGUGAGUGAAACGCAUGAGGAGACAAAAGAGGCAGUUUGAGUUCAUCUGUGGCUUUGCUGAAGCAGACAGACCAUAAUUUAAUAUCAGUCUAUAAAACUGUUGAAAUUCAUACAUGAGAAAUUCAAAUUGAAAUUCAUACAUGAGAAGGAGAACUUAAAUGUGGCACUAGGGAAACAUUACACAUACACACACAGAUACACGCCAAAACAAACGUGAUGAUUGAAGGAUUUUAAGUCCCGCAGUGCCCGCGUCAUCUCUGAUUUAGACUACAGUGAAUGCAGUCUUUCAACAGAGAUCAUUUAAAACACCCCCCUCCACACACACACACACACACACACACAGUUACAGAGUUUUUAUACAGUAUAUAUUUCCCUAGAAUGUUUUUUUAAUUUGUAUUGAACGCCUUCAUUUCAAUUGUUACUUUUUUAUUUUCUACCAAUACUGAAAAGCUACAGACCAAGGAGCAACACAGGACUUUUAUUCCCUCCCCCCAUCUAAAAUAUAUUGUUUUUAUCUUUUAUGUUUAUAAAAGAGAAAUAAUUUAGUGUGGAUGUUUUUAUUUUGUCUUUUGUUCCAUUUUUGGAGAUUUGAAUUUUUGUGUAUUUGUGCUUGUAUAUUUAAGGUAGUAGCAAAGUUCUGUCUGACUGUAAUAAAAAUGUAUUCUUACUUAGAUUUACCUAAAGCCAUCCUGAUCUAAUGUAAAGAAAACAAAAAAUAGGAAAAAGGAGAAAAAACACCCAUGAACCUGUUCCCUCUAUCUACCCACUUGCUCUCUUUCCUCCUCCCUCUUUUUUAAAACUUGUGUAAAUUAAAAUUACAAAAUCCCUGGGGUACAGUGGCACCAUGGAGAGACAAUUUUACAGUUAUAGAUUUUUUUCUUUUAAUUUAUUUUGGCAGAGAUUCAAUUCAUGUUUUCAUCGACGCAGGAAGUGAACUUUCACUGACCACCGUUCAUCUUUAAUCUUGUGUACUAGCUCAAUGUCAAGUGAAUGUGCUCACUGAAUUUUAGUUGGAUUUCAUGUUUUGUCACUGACUCAAACUGAGAUUUUUCUCUUUCCAAUUUCUGUCUUAAUCAUUUGUUUGAUCUUUCAUAACCGACAUAUGUGAAGUCAUGGAUCAUGCAAACAUCUUCUAAAACCAGCUUAACAUUGAGUUUAGUCGGCAUUUUGUAGCAACUCUGAGUCUGUGGAGUCUGACUAAAAACGGCUGAUGUUGUUUCGUACAUUUCCAUUGUGUUCCAGUGGAUUCCAGCAGCAGUUAUGACUGAGCUUGAAUGGUGACUUGUACCUUCUCCGAAAAACCCUGUAGAAAAAUCAUUGUUUGAUAUAUAUUUUUUUGAUUUGGUUAGUUUCUGCCCUUGAUAAUUAAUGUAUGGUACCAAUAAAAAGAUACAUUUUCACUUUAA